ACAAUGGAAAGGACCAAACCUACUCAGCUCAGCCCAUAUGUUUCAAAUGGAUCAUCAUCAAUUAUAACACUAGAAAUGGCUGAUCUCUGUGCCAAAGCAGUUGUCGUCAACCAUGAUGUUAAUAUCAAGAACACCAAGAAAUCGAAUUCUGACAAUCAGAAAAUCAGCUCGAACCAAAAUAACGAGUCAUUUUGUUGCGAGAUUUGUGGCAAGGAAUAUCGUUUGAGAAAUAGUCUUAACUCACACAUGAGAAACAAGCACUCCUUGUCGAGUCGUGGUAGGCCUAUUGGAGAAAAUAAUCCUCAGGUGGAAAAAGGAUUCUGGUGCACUCACUGCAACAAGAAAUUUGUACAUGCUAAAACGUGUGCUAAACAUGAAUCAGUUUGUGUUAAAAAGCCAAAGCCCACAACCACUUCCGCGACAAUGGUCUCUUCUAGAAAAGUUCAAAAACCCGGGAAAAUUAUAACGAUCGAUUUCUAAGCUGCCCCUUUUGCGAUUACUGGACGUACCAAUCAACUACUCUGAUGCGUCACGUUGAAAAGUUCCACACUCAGAGCUCAGUGAAAACAGCUAAAGAAACUCCGCUUUUAUGAUAUCUCAGUUACCGUCUUUUCAUGAAUUGAAAAGAUGUGCUUCUAAUCCAGAAAAUCAGAAGUUUUUAUGUUCUAUUACCACAAUUUUUCAACAAUUUUAAUUUAAUCUGCUGCUCUUCAUUUAAUGCUUCCCUUUUAUUAGCCUAUGUGUCGUGUUUGUUCGUUUAGCGAUCGGCACAAGUUUAUUUGAAUUUUUAACGUGUGUGUAACUGUGUAUCUUGAAAAAAAAGAAGUCCUAAACAAGCUUUAAAUUCAAACAUGCCCACCAGAUGACCUAGACGUCAAAUGUUGUUUAUUGCCAUUUGGUUGUUGACUGUUGAGACAAAGCGCCUCAUCUUUCCACGUGCAUGUCAUUCAGCCGGAAAGCCGUUAUAUUUCUCACUGUGUCGUCGCUCAUGUUGGUUACAUUUACGUGUUAGAUACAAAAACGACUAGCCACCGGAUUGAAUUCGUGUCCAUGUGUCUUCCACGAGAAGUUAACUUGCAGCCCCGACUGACGUAGUCUCGGCGGCUCGGCCAAUCAAAAAAAGUUGGGUGUACGCGCUUACGUAUCCACCAAGGGGCCCAACGGCGGACGUGCGUUUGAUCGAUAGGCGUUCCGUCCAUUUGAACCUAUGUGAAAUCUUGGAUCGACCCAACAGUGUCCCAUUGUCUGGAGAAAACUGUGACUGGACGAUAAACACUGUUCCUCUCAACGAUGUUCAAGAAAUAAACAAAUUAUGGAGAGCUCGGAUAACUUCGGAAGCGAACGAAAAGGGCGGCGCGGGGAGUUAGAUUAUCGCUACGACUUCCUGUUCCACUGGGCUGCAGAGUCUUGUUCCAUCACCAAGCAAGAUGUUAUUGACAGCUUGCUGCAAGAAAUCUGGGUUAGGAAUAUUCAUGAUUUCGUCUUGAAGGAUACAAAAAGGACGGUGUUGCUCUUCUACCAAGCAUUUCAAGAUCAAAACUUGAAGAGUCGAGUCGAAAAAUCCAACCCUUCCAACAACAAACUCGUUGCUCCGAAUAAAACCUUGGUUGUCGUGAGUGACGAGAGGAAAUAUCCUCUAGAUGGAAUAGCAGUCUAUUACUUCAAACUCAACGUCAAGAAAAUGUUGACCGAAGAUAACGUUCACCGCGAUUUGAUGGUCGGGAUGUGUGACGCCAUGGAGGAGGAAUUACUUUCAAAUUUUAUUCAGCUCCUCCAUCACAUUUACCGGCCCGCUUUGGAAAGUUUGCUCUUCUUCGCCGACGAGGGUCCCGAUAAAACCCGCGUUUACGAGGAGGUCCUAAUGGCUAUCCAGUCGUUGUAUUCGUCACUUAAAGUCUCUGAGAAUAUCCUGAAACACGACAACACUCUGUUGGCCCAACGGCAAGUGGAUAACCUGGAUCUACCGAAUGAAUCCAAGAAACGUGCAGACUUUAUUCGCCAUCCGGAUACAGUGGCAAAAGCGGAGAAGAUUGCUACCGAUUGGCUUUCCAUGAUCGAGAGGGAAAACUGUGAAUCCGAGAUGCUGCGCCGCGAUUGCGACGACGACAGUCCGCGUGACGAGAUCGAGUACUGGAAAACUCGCAGCACCCGCUUGAAUUUGAUCCAGCAACAGUUUAACAGCCCACAAGUGGCUCUGGUCGUUCAGUGUCUCAACGUGAAUCGUUCCAAACUCAUGAAACGUUGGGUAGAAGCACUUAGGAAAUUGACGCACUGCUGUCACGAAGCUAAUAACAAUACUCUUUAUUUGAGCGAUUUCGAAAAUCACUGCAAAACACUUUACGUUUGGGAUCCGAUUCGUCUUUUGCCCACAAUCAAUCAACUUUUGAGCACAGUUCGACUUAUUUGCUGCGUGAGUCUUUACUACAAUACUUCAGAGCGAAUAACUUCACUUCUAGUCAAGAUUACCAAUGAACUGAUUCGUUCGUGUCGGAGGCAUAUCACUAGUCACGGUAGGGAAACUGUUUGGUCACGACCAGCGUCGGUUGUCAAGCCUUUACUGCAGGAUUGUUUAAAUCUACACACUGCCUACAGGAGUGCUUAUGCGAACAUGAAACAAGACUUGGAAUCUUAUCAGAAAAGCGUCCAGCAAUCUCAGCAAAAUCAACUCCAGCCUAAAGAACAGUCGACAUUAACCUGCAGUGAACACUCGGUCUUUGGUAAAUUCGACGCUUUCUGCGCUCGACUAAGAAAGAUCCUUCGGCUUUACGACGUCAUUGACAAGCACGAAAGUUUGCUGAAAAGCCGCAUGGAGGGUCUGCUGCAAGAAGAAGAAGUGAUGGACGAAAUAUUAAGGAGAUAUCAUGCAGCUGUCAAAGAUAUUACAUCGCGACCUUACGAUUAUUUGAACCACCGGAUGCUUGGUUUUGACCAACACAUGUCGGAAUUCGAAGCCAGGCUCAACGAUCUCAAACUCUACGUUGGCAGUUAUUUGGAGCGUGCUUACGAUCCUGUUUGGGAAACAGCCCAGGCGAUGCGCUUCCUUCAAAAGUUCCAGCGCAUCGGCCGCGUCAUUCCCGUUGUGGCUAUGGAAAUCAAGCACAAUCGCAUUUUGAAUCAAUUGCUAGCCGAUAUGGAUAGACUUGGCAGAGUUCUAGUCAAAUUUGGAGAUGAGCCUCCUAUUCCGAAUAAUUUUUCGCCAACGACAGGGAAAAUGAUGUGGUGCGCAACUUUACAGCGUUGCCUGGAACUCAGGCUUGAAGAACACGCGCCAAUUUUGCACAGCGAAACUGGCCGGCAAGUGUUUCGCAAGUACAAAAAUGUUUUGGUCAACAUCGUUCAGCUCGGCAACUAUCAUCUGCGCUCCUGGACAUUGCUCAGUGCAGCCGAAGUGGAAACAUGUCUAUCUCAGAACAUUUUGACUCCAAACCUUGAGAACCCGCAUUUAUUUUCCGUCAACUUCAAUCCCAAAAUAAUCUCGCUGUUCCAGGAAGUUCACUGCGCCUGUCAAGCCGGGCUUAAAGUUCCGGCAUCAUCCGUUUUUAUUUUCGCUCGUAAAGGAUUACUUUUGAAGAUGAAGGACGAGGCUCAGUACUUGAUAGAAAAUCACAAGUCAUUAUUGGACUCGAUUGAUGCGGAGUUGAAACCGCUUCUCUGCUGUCACGUCCAUCAAUUGUAUUUGACACUCCGUCCGGCCUCGGUGGCACUCAGCUGGAACCUCAAGCAGUCGAAAUGGAACCGUUUCUUUAAUCAGUGCCGCAAAUCGAUGGUGCAUUUUAAACUGCUGUGCCAACGGUUGGAAGACAUUCGCAUCAACCAGCUGGAACGCAUUUUGGAUUCCCUCCGCUAUUUCACGUUGUGCCCGGACAGCAGUAGAGACAGGACUUGGGUGCCUGACGAGUUUAUUGACGCCGUCAAAGAUGCUUGUCGCAAAGCCACUUCGGAAAUUCAGCAAAGGAAUUGGCUUUUAGAAAAUGGAGUCUUUGAAUUAAUCGACCUGAUCAGAGUGAAGGAUGUCAUGAAGUUUUUUGAAAUUCCAACUGAGGCCAUUGCGGCGCAAAUUGAAAAAGGAAGGACGUCAUUUUCUUCAUCCGCCAAAACGGCACGACCGAAAUCGAUAACUAGCGACCGGAAAAAAUCUGAAACCAAUCCGGAUUCGAGUCGCAUCAGUAGCAAAAGUCCGCCAAGUGCUCAAUAUGGAGAGCGAGCGUCAAAGCGCAGGACAAGUAACGGUGGUGAAACUAAUCGAAAUGGAUUGCCACCACUUAAUCCAGCAGGCCCAACCGGCAAACCGCCUCCGGCGCCCAGCAAAACGUCUCAGAUCAGGACAAAACUACCGAAACUCAGCAGCAAAAGAUCAAGUCCAACCAAAGAGCCAAAAAAUCCGCCGACGUGUUUGCCUCCAUUAUCGGCAAGAUCCAAUUCCAGUCUUGCUUCCGGCCAGGAAUUUUCAUCUCGGAAAAACUCGGUCAUAUCAAACGAUGGUCGAGACGAACCCAACGUGAUCCUGGUCGCAGAUUACGGCUUCCUAGUCGUCCAAUUGGAGAAGGCCAUCAUUGAGUGGAAAAAGUUGUACUCUAAAAGGAUCCUCCAGGUUAUCGUCACUUGGCUUCGCUCCCAGAUUGACCAGAUGCGUUACUCGGUUGUCCCGCCACCCAAUCAUAAAAGCGGAGUCGUCCAGCAGCAACACACGGCUCUGUUCUUACUGCAUUCGCAGCUGAAUCACACAACAAUCGAGAUCACUCCGAGUUUGGACGACAUUCAAGACAUUAUUCACACGGCAGGGAAAAUUAUGUUAUGUGUCGCCAAAGGAAUUAAGCGCUGGCAAUAUCGGUCCGCUAUCGAAUCGAGAUCAAAUGUGAUGUCGGCGGUUAGACACAAUAUUUACGUUUCAGUUUCGGAGAAUAAAGAAGUUGUCAAAGGAUUGAAUCUGUUGUCAACAUGCUUGAUUCACGUCAAAAGUACUUGUGGAGAACAAUUGCGCCAGUGGGAGAAUCUCUGCAAGGAGAUUUGCUGCUACAAUCGACGAGUUGUCGUUAAAAAUUUUGUCAACAAGAACCCAUCAGUUUGGGACUGGGAUCAGCAAUUGCGUCAGUUUCGACAGUUGGAAGAUGUCGUUGAAUCACAGAAAAGUCUUCUGGAAUUUGGCCCCAUUCACGUUUCAACGACUAAAAUGCAGGCGACGUUGUUACAAGAAAUUCAAGAAUGGAUGGAAGCCUACACCACCGUCCUGUAUCGAAGGACGUUGCGUGAUAUGGAACGGUUAAUGGUGGUAUUUAAUUUACUAGACAAGAAGCUCGAUCGUAAAAUCCGUGACCUGGAGGACACCAGGAUCUCUAUGGAUUGUCUGCGAGAUAUUCGCAUACAAGAAGUGGAAUUCGAAAUGGCUAUUGAACUUGUUGAGGAAGCGAUUGGAAUCAUGAUGAAAUUUCACGUUCCACUAACUGAAGAAGAUGUCGAACGGGUGGACGCCGUGCGGAUUACUUGGCAUCGAUUGCAGCAGCGCUCGCUGGAUCACCAUUGUCACCUUGUGGCUAUUCAACCCAGUUUCCGACAAGAGUUGCUGGAUAAUUUGACACAAUUCCGUGUCGAUUGCACUCAAUUCUGCGCCGACUACGACGUUGAUGGUCCAAUGAUCCAGGGUCUGUCUCCACGAGAAGCAUCCGACCGUCUACUCCUGUUCCAAAACCGUUUCGAUGCUCUCUGGAGAAGAUUGACAUCAUACGAAGGCGGAGCCGAACUAUUUGGAUUGUUGAUGCCCGAUGUUCCGGAAUUGAACCGCAUCCGCAAGGAACUGAAUUUGCUACAGAAACUCUAUCGAUUGUACAACGACGUUAUCGAUCGCGUUGCAGCCUACCACGACAUUAGCUGGAACAGCGUCAACAUUGAAGACAUAAACAACGAACUCAUCGAGUUCCAGAACCGUUGCCGUAAACUCCCUAAAGGCCUGAAGGAGUGGCCGGCCUUUGGUGCCCUCAAGCGAACCAUUGACGAGUUCUCCGACUUGUGUCCGCUCCUGGAAUUGAUGACCAACAAAGCCAUGAAGCCUCGCCAUUGGGUACGCAUGACCGAGAUCACUGGGCACGUCUUCCACGUCGAACUGGAAGGAUUCUGCUUGCGCCAAGUCGUGGAAGCUCCGCUGUUGCAGCACAAGGAAGACGUUGAAGAUGUUUGCAUUUCCGCUCUCAAGGAGAAGGACAUUGAAGCUAAAUUGCGUCAAGUCACCAACGACUGGACCACGAAUCAAUUGACAUUCACAACAUUCAAAAAUCGCGGGGAAUUGCUACUGCGCGGAGACAGCGCUGCCGAACUCAUAUCCAUGCUGGAAGACUCUUUGAUGGUCCUCAGUUCCCUCUUGUCCAAUCGCUACAACGUCCCGUUCCGGAAGCAGAUCCAGAAGUGGGUGACGGAUCUCUCCAACACCAAUGAAAUCCUGGAGCGCUGGCUGAUGGUCCAGAACUUGUGGGUUUACCUGGAAGCUGUUUUCGUGGGCGGAGACAUCGCCAAACAGCUGCCCAAAGAGGCCAAACGAUUCCACAAAAUCGACAAGUCGUGGCAGAGAAUGAUGGCCCGCGCUCACGAAACGUCCAACGUCGUCAUCUGCUGCGUUGGCGACGAAACGCUCAGCCAACUCCUUCCGCAUUUGCAGGACGAGUUGGAGCUGUGUCAAAAGUCGCUGUCCGGCUAUUUGGAGAAGAAGAGGCUCAGUUUCCCACGUUUCUUUUUCGUUUCCGAUCCUGCCCUUCUCGAAAUUCUUGGACAGGCCUCAGAUUCUCACACCAUUCAAGGCCAUCUCUUGUCCAUCUUUGAUAACACGGCUUGUGUAAGGUUCCACGACCAGGAAUACGACAAAAUCCUGGCCAUCGUUUCUACAGAGGGAGAAUCGAUCGCUUUAGAACAGCCAGUCCGUGCGGAAGGCAGUGUUGAAAUAUGGUUGAUGCGUCUCCUGCAGGAAGCCCACCGUUCCCUGCAUUCCAUCAUCCGCCUGGCCAGUCAGGCCAUUCAAAACACCGAGUUCAAUCUGCUGGAAUUCUUGGCCGCUUUCCCGUCUCAAGUGGGUAUCCUCGGUCUUCAAAUGCUGUGGACUCGCGACGCUGAAUCGGCUCUCGCCCAGUGCCGAUACGACCGCAAAGUGAUGCAAGAAACCAAUUCCAAAUUCCUGGAAGUCCUCAACACCCUCAUCGAGCAAACGACUAAGAAUCUCGACCGACUGGAACGUAUCAAAUUCGAAACGCUCAUCACCAUUCACGUCCAUCAACGUGAUAUCUUUGACCAACUUUGCCGCACUGGCAUCCGUUCCAUCACGGACUUUGAAUGGAUCAAACAGUUUCGGUUCUAUUUUAGAGCCGAGCACGACGAGAUGGCCAUCAGUAUCACGGAUGUGUCAUUCACUUACCAAAAUGAAUUUUUGGGCUGUACUGAGCGGCUGGUCAUCACUCCGUUGACGGAUCGUUGUUACAUCACUUUGGCUCAAGCCUUACACAUGUCCAUGGGAGGUUGUCCAAGCGGUCCAGCUGGAACGGGCAAGACAGAAACUACUAAAGACAUGGGCAAAACACUGGGCAAAUACGUCGUCGUCUUCAACUGCUCCGACCAAAUGGAUUUCCGUGGUCUCGGUCGAAUUUACAAAGGACUGGCCCAAUCGGGAGCUUGGGGUUGUUUCGACGAGUUCAACCGAAUCGAACUGGCCGUUCUCUCAGUGGCUGCCCAGCAAGUCGCUGUCGUUCUCGCCGGCAAAAGAGAAAAGAGGAAACAGCUAAUCUUUACGGACGGCGACACUAUCGAGAUGAAUCCGGAAUUCGGAAUCUUUUUGACGAUGAAUCCCGGCUAUGCUGGACGUCAACAACUCCCCGAAAAUCUCAAGAAUCAGUUCCGUUUCGUCUCCAUGAUGGUGCCCGAUCGACAAAUUAUUAUCCGUGUCAAACUGGCCUCUUGCGGAUUUUUGGAAAAUAUUACACUGGCCCGCAAGUUCUACACUCUCUACAAACUCUGCGAGGAACAGCUGACCAAACAGGUCCACUACGAUUUCGGUUUGCGGAAUAUCUUGUCCGUUUUGCGGACGUUGGGAGCCACAAAGCGCGGAAACGUCCGGGACUCGGAGAGUAUGAUCGUCAUGAGAGUCCUGCGGGAUAUGAAUUUGUCCAAAUUGGUGGACGAGGAUGAGCCGUUGUUCAUGUCGCUCAUCGGCGAUCUGUUUCCAACUACGGCGCUGGAAAAAACGAACUACGCAGACCUUGAAAACGCCAUCAGGGAACAGGUCAAAGCAGCUGGACUCAUUAUGCAUCCCCCUUGGUUGUUGAAAUUGAUCCAGCUGUACGAAACGCAACUUGUAAGACAUGGAAUCAUGACCUUAGGGCCGACCGGCUCUGGAAAAACAGCUUGCAUUCAAAUUUUGAUGAAAUCGCUGACUGCUUGUGGUCAGCCACAUCGAGAACUCCGGAUGAAUCCCAAAGCCAUUUCGGCCGCUCAAAUGUUUGGUCGAUUGGAUGUGGCCACUAAUGAUUGGACUGACGGCAUCUUUUCGGCAUUGUGGCGGAAGACUUUGCGCACUAAAAGAGGUGAACACAUUUGGUUAGUCCUCGACGGACCCGUCGACUCUCUGUGGAUUGAAAAUCUCAAUUCAGUUCUUGACGAUAACCGCACCCUCACGCUAGCCAAUGGCGAUCGAUUGCCCAUGUCACCUUAUUGCAAAAUCAUCUUCGAGCCCCACAAUAUCGACAACGCCUCACCCGCCACAGUAUCCCGAUGUGGAAUGGUGUACAUGAGUUCUUCCGGCUUGGAUUGGCGCCCGUUGCUGGCCGCCUGGCUUUUGAAGAGACCCAAUACUGAAAUGGAAGUCCUUCGAAAUAUUUUCGAAGAAUCUUUUUCGCCAAUCUACCAGUGGAGCCGGCAGAAUUUGAAAUACAUGAUGGACGUCCUGGAAUUCAAUAUUAUCAACCAGGCGCUGUGUCUUUUAGAAGGUUUGAUUCCAAAUGAAGACAAUGAGCAUAAAGAAAGCACCUACGAAAGGUCGUCCUCUGCCCUAGGGCAGGCACCAGACGGCCCUCCACCAGAGAUCCCAGAACUAGCUUUAGAUCUGAAAGUUCUCAAUAACGAUGUUGGCGAGUCGGGAUCAAAAGGUGGAACGACACCUAGAGUCACCCGUCUUCAGCUGGAACGACUUUAUGUCUUCUCAGUGGUCUGGUCUAUCGGCGCCUUCUUGGAGAUUGAGGAUCGAAUUAAAUUAGACGCAUUCCUGACUAUGCAUUUCUCUCAUUUGGCUCUACCUCCCAAGGAACCCGAUAGCGAAGACACUGUCUUCGACUUUGUCGUCGGAAGCGAUGGUGAAUGGGAUCAUUGGAGAAAUCACGUUCAACCAUUCCAAUACCCUGAAACGGCCAUGAUUGAUUUUGCGUCCAUGCUGGUCCCCAAUGUUGACAGCGUCCGCACGGAAUUCCUGUUAAACACCAUCGCCAAACAGGGAAAACCCGUCUUGCUCAUUGGAGAACAAGGAUCGGCAAAGACUGUCAUGAUAAAUGCCUACCUCAAAAAGCACAAGAGCGACUACAACCUUAUCCGCUCUUUGAAUUUCUCAUCGGCCACCACAACGUUCCAACUUCAACGAACUAUCGAAGGGUGUGUGGAUAAGCGAAUGGGCAACACUUAUGGCCCGCCGGCUGGCAAAAAGUUGACCGUUUUUAUCGACGAUGUUAAUUUGCCCUAUGUCAACGAAUGGGGCGAUCAGGCCACCAACGAAAUUGUACGACAAUUACUGGAGAUGAAAGGCUUUUAUUCGUUGGAAAAACCAGGGGAUUUCACCCACAUUAUCGAUCUCCAUUUCGUCGCCGCUAUGAUUCAUCCAGGUGGAGGUCGCAAUGACAUUCCGCAGAGAUUGAAACGACAUUUCUGCAUUUUCAACUGUCCCUUGCCAUCCCACACGUCCAUGGACAAAGUCUUUGGUACCAUCGCUUCCGGUCAUUACUCAAUCAAACGUGGAUUUUCUCAAGAAGUCCGUGAAUUGGUGGAGAAACUCGUACCCCUCACCCGACUUCUUUGGAUGUCAACCAAAGCUAAAAUGUUACCCACUCCAGCUAAGUUUCACUACAUUUUCAACUUGCGCGAUUUGUCUCGCAUUUGGCAAGGAAUGAGCAGCUUCUUGUGCAACGUCAUCGACAACACUAGAGUGCUUAUGGCUGCCUGGAAACACGAAGUCACGCGUGUCAUUGCGGACAGAUUUACCGUUCAGGCGGACAAGGAUUGGUUCGAGAAAGAACUUAUCCAGCAUGUCGCAAAAUACCUGGGCGAUGAAUUCGUCGAAUUCGUCCAAGAGACUCAAUACUUUGUCGAUUUUAUGCGGGACGCUCCCGAACCGACAGGUGAUGAGACGGAAGAAGUUGACAUGGAAUUACCUAAAGUCUACGAGCCCGUCCAGUCAUUCGACGAUCUCCAAGAUCGUCUUAACAUGUUCCUGACCCAAUACAACGAUAUGAUUCGAGGCCACGGAAUGGAUUUGGUUUUCUUCCAAGAUGCUGUCGAACAUUUAAUCAAGAUUUCGCGUAUUCUUCGACAUCCUGGUGGCAACGUCCUUUUGGUUGGAGUCGGUGGAUCUGGCAAACAAUCGCUCACUAAACUGGCUUCCUUCAUAGCCGGAUAUAAAACCUUCCACAUUACCCUGACGAGAUCGUACAACGUCGGUAAUUUCCUGGAGGAUCUCAAAGUUCUUUACAGAACUUGCGGUAUUCAAGGCAAAGGAACGACUUUUAUUUUCACAGACCAAGAUGUCAAGGAAGAGGCUUUCCUGGAGUACCUGAACAGCGUGUUAUCUUCCGGAGUCGUUUCGAAUCUGUUUAACCGCGACGAGCAAGGUGAAAUCAUCUCGGAAUUGAUUCCCAUCAUGAAACGUGAAUUUCCCAAGCGUGAAUUGAAUCAGGAAAAUGUUAUGGAAUAUUUCAUGUCACGAGUCCGACAACAUCUUCACAUCGCCCUUUGCUUUUCUCCGGUGGGAGAGAAAUUCCGUCAGCGGGCGUUCAAAUUUCCCGGCUUGACUUCCGGUUGCACGUUGGACUGGUUCCAACCGUGGCCAAGAGAGGCCCUUGUCGCCGUGGCGCGGCACUUCCUCGCCGAUUUUACCCUUUUGAAUCAAACGGACUUGUUGCACGAAGUGGAGAACGCCCUGGGAUCCAUCCAGGAGAGCGUGGCUGAAACGGCCAAGGAGUAUUUCCAGAGGUUUAGACGAUCGACUCACGUGACGCCCAGGACCUAUUUGAGCUUCCUGUCCAGCUACAAAACGGUUUUCGCCAAUAAAACGAUGGAAAUUGGCGGAAUGUCCACUCGAAUCGAAACGGGUUUGGCAAAACUGCAAGAAGCUUCCGAAACGGUCGAAAAACUCAAAAUGGAUCUAGCGGAAAUGGAGAAAGAAUUGGCCCUGGCUUCCGAAACGGCCGAAACGGUUUUGGUUGAAGUGACGCAUCGAGCCCGUGAAGCAGAAACGACCAAAAAUCACGUCUUGCUGGCCAAAGAUCGAGCACAGCAGCUGGUCGACGUCAUUGCGGCUGACAAAGCCGUGGCCGAACAGAAACUGGAAGCCGCCCGUCCUGCUCUAGAGGAAGCGGAAGCAGCCCUGAAUACCAUCAAACCAGCUCACAUAGCCACCGUGCGUAAAUUGGGUAGACCUCCGCCACUCAUUAUGAGAAUCAUGGACGCCGUGUUGAUCCUGUUCCAGCGUAAAAUCCAACCCGUUUGCCAUGAACCAGCUAUGGGAGGAUUUAAACCUUCCUGGAACGAAUCCCUCAAGAUGAUGGCCAGCACGAGUUUCCUGCAGCAAUUGCAAUAUUUCCCGAAAGAUUCCAUAUCGGACGAAACUGUGGAACUUCUCGAGCCAUACUUCCGGGACGAAGAGUACAACAUUGACACAGCCAAACGCGUUUGCGGUGACGUUGCAGGAUUACUUUCCUGGUCUCGAGCCAUGGCUUUUUUCUUUACAGUCAACAAAGAAGUGUUGCCACUAAAAGCAAAUUUGGCUCUGCAAGAAGUUCGAUUGUCGGCCGCCAUGUCGGAGUUGGCCAAGGCGGAAGACGUUCUGUCCGAGAAAGAGAGAGCCCUCGAUUUCGUGACGUCUCAAUACGAUUCGGCCAUGGCGGAUAAGAGGCGCUUGACGGAAGCGGCCGCAGUUUGCCGCAGGAAGAUGGGCAUUGCCGCUGCGUUGAUUAGCGGACUGAGUGGAGAGAAACUUCGCUGGACUUUGCAAUGCCGAGCCUUUAAAGAACAAAUCGGCCGCUUGGUAGGCGACGCCAUUCUAGCAACCGCUUUCCUCUCUUACGCCGGACCGUUCAACCAAGAAUUCCGGACGAAAAUUUUCCAGGCCUGGAAGAAAACUCUGAAAAAUCGGGACAUCCCCUUCACGCCAACCCUCAAUGUUGCCCAAAUGAUGUCCGACACGGUCCAGCAAACCGAGUGGACGCUUCAGGGUUUGCCCAGCGAUGACCAUUCCAUCCAGAACGCGGUUAUCGUCGUCCGUUCGCAUUCGUACCCGCUUUUGAUCGAUCCUCAGGGCCAAGGCAAGAACUGGAUCAAAGCCAAAGAAGGGAUGAAUGAAUUGCAAACGACUUCGCUCAAUCACAAAUACUUCCGGACGCAUUUAGACGACGCUCUCUCCCUUGGCCGGCCAUUGUUAAUCGAAGACGUCGGCGAAGAAUUAGAUCCCGUUUUGGAUAAUCUACUGAACAAGAAUUUUAUCCGGGCCGGUUCGACAGAAAAGGUCAUUAUUGGUGACAAGGAUUGCGACAUUAUGCCCGGCUUCACUCUCUACAUCACCACCAAAUUACCCAAUCCAGCCUACACUCCGGAAGUGAGUUCCAAGGUGACCAUGAUCGAUUUCACGGUGACUCAGCGCGGAUUGGAGGAUCAGCUGCUGGCCCGGGUCGUCUCCGCCGAACGCUCUGACCUGGAAGCCGAGCGGACGAGUUUGUUCGAGUCGGUGAUGGAAAACAAGCGACUCAUUCAGCAGCUGGAAGACAAUCUGCUCUUCCGGCUGACUUCCACCGUGGGUAGUUUGAUCGACGACGAGGAUCUGCUGAUUGUCCUUCACGACACCAAGAUGACAGCCCAGGAAGUCAACCACAAACUGGUCGUUUCAUCCGAGAUGGAACACAAAAUCAACACGGCUCGCGAAGAAUUCCGUCCAGUGGCCACUCGAGGAUCGAUCCUCUACUUCUUGAUCGUGGAAAUGUCCCACGUCAACGUCAUGUACCAGACGAGUUUGAAGCAGUUCCUGCAUCUCUUCGACGGAUCGCUCAGCAAAUCCAUGAGGACGCCCAACAUCCUGGAACGGGUCAGUUCGGUCCUCAACACCCUCAACCGGGAAGUGUGGGCCUACACUUUGCGGGGCCUUUACGAGCAACACCAGUUCCUUUUCACCCUCUUGAUGGCCAUCAAAAUCGACCUGCACAACGGCUCCAUCAGCCACGCCGAAUUCAUGAAAUUGAUUAAAGGCGGAGCCUCGUUGGAUCUCAACACAGCCCCGCCCAAACCGUACAAAUGGAUCCUGGACGCCGUUUGGCUCAAUUUGGUCGAACUGAGCACGCUCCACCCUUUCACCGAUCUCCUGCAACAGGUGCUGGAAAAUGAGCGCGAGUGGCGAUCCUGGGUGGAAAAGGAGAAACCGGAGCAAGAGGAAAUCCCGUGCGGCUAUACCAAAGCCCUGGCCGGAAUUGCUUUCCGGAAGCUUUUGCUCAUCCGCUCGUGGUGUCCCGAUCGGAUGUUGCAGUCGGCUCAGAACUACGUCAUCCAUUCGUUGGGAAAUCAAUUUAUUGACUCUCCUUUGCUGGACUUGGAGGUCAUGUGGAGCGAAUCCGAGCCCAGGGUUCCGCUCAUUUGCAUUUUGACCACUUGUUCCGAUCCUUCACAGAAGAUUGAGCAUUUGGCACGUCAAAAAGAUAUCGAGAUCAAAGCCCUGUCCAUGGGUCAAGGCCAGGAGAUUCACGCCAGACGUUUGCUGGCCGAUUCCAUGUCGACUGGACACUGGUUACUCCUUCAAAAUUGCCAUUUGAAUUUAGCCUUUUGUCACGAGCUCCUAGAGUCCUUGAUGGAAGGUGAUGUCCAUGCGGGAUUCCGGCUGUGGAUCACUACCGAAGUGCAUCCGCAAUUCCCGAUUAGUUUACUCCAAACGGCCAUCAAAUUCACGAACGAACCGCCGCAAGGAAUCCGCGCUUCGAUGAAACGGACGUUGACCGAUGUCCCGCAGGAUCUGCUCGACUAUUCGCCGUCACCCUCCUGGCCAACGCUCGUUUACACUGUGGCUUUCCUGCACACGGUGCUGAUGGAACGUCGUAAAUACGGGCCGCUUGGCUGGAAUACUCAGUACGAGUUCAACCAGUCGGAUUUGAACGGGGCCAUCCAGUGCGUUCAGAAUCACCUGGACGACAUGGAUCCUAGGAAGGGUAUUUCAUGGCCGACUAUUUGCUUCAUGAUUGGAGAAGCCCAAUACGGUGGCCGGGUGACGGAUGAUUUUGACAAGCGGCUGCUAUUAACGUUCACUUCUCUGUGGUUUAGCGACCGGAUCCUUGCAGCUGGUUUCGAAUUUUAUCAGAAUUAUACGUUGCCCUCCGGAGUGAAUGCCAAGAGUAUUGGUGGAUGCCUGGAUCAUGUCGCCAAUUUACCUGCAACAGACUCCCCUCUGAUUCUAGGACUGGACUCUAACGCUGAAAUCACUUACCAAAUGAACAGAGCGCAAGCUAUCCUGGACACGAUUCUCUCCAUCCAGCCGAAAGAAGGCGGCAACAUACGCGGAAGUGACACGAGAGAGUCGGUAGUCUAUCGCUUGGCUGACGACAUGUUGGAAAAAAUGCCCAGAAACUAUGUCGACCAUGAAGUCAGGGAAUCCCUCAACAGGAUGGGUCCCUUACUGCCCAUGGCCAUUUUCCUUCGCCAGGAAAUCGAUCGAAUGCAACGGGUCAUUCUGACGGUGCGCAAAGUGUUGCUGGAUCUCAAACUGGCCAUUGAGGGAACCAUCAUCAUGUCACCGCAUCUUCUUCAAGCGAUGGACGCCAUGUACGACGCCAGAGUGCCGGAAAUGUGGAAGGGCAUCUCUUGGGAGAGCUCGACGUUGGGUUUCUGGUUCACCGAAUUCCUGGAACGUAACACCCAGUUCACUCGAUGGGUUUUCCAGGGGAAACCUAAAGUCUUUUGGAUCGCCGGAUUUUUUAAUCCGCAAGGCUUCUUGACGGCUAUGCGACAGGAAGUGACGAGAGCGCAUCGAGGCUGGGCCCUCGAUUCCGUCGUGUUGCAAAGUGUGAUAACUCGAUUGAGUAAAGAGGAGGUGACGGACCACCCCUCAGAAGGAGUUUAUAUUCACGGAAUGUACCUGGAGGGCGCCUCACUCGACCGCAAAACGGGCAGGCUGGUGGAAACGAAAGGCAAGAUCCUUUACGAGCCGAUGCCCGUCAUUUACGUCUACGCCAUCAAUUCGACGGCUGGCAAGGAUCCCAAAUCGUACGAAUGUCCCAUCUACCGCAAGCCCAUCCGUUCCACGACGACUUACAUCGGCUCCAUCGAUCUGGAAACGGAUGUCAAUCCCAAACAUUGGACACUACGGGGCGUGGCUCUCUUGUGUGAUAUCAAAUAAGACCUACCCAAAUUUUUAGAACAAUUAAAAUUAUUAUUAAUUCCGCUUCGUAGUGGAUGUGUCUGACAGUAGGUUACAAAAAAAAUCAUAUUUACAAAAUUUGUUAACAACACAAACUCCGUGUAUUACGCACAUUAAACUUAUCUUUUUUUUUCUUCUUCCAGAAAUUAUAAACUGCUACGAAACAAAUUCCAGUCGUCUUAUUUAUUCCUCAUUUUUUUAUUUUUUUCGCCCGAACGAAGCUGUAUACGGCGGAAUUGUUUUCGAUGGCUUCUCAAUGACAUGACUCUAAGCUUCUUGUCACACUUGUAGUUUCGGCGCAUUCAAUUGGAUUUGCCGCGCAGGCCAUA